AUGGGCUCUCGGAGAGUUCUGAGGCUCAUAGAAGUACUUUUACCUGUCAUUCUCCUUUUGUAUCCUGAGGCUUGGGCUAGCCGAACUGAGGGCGUUGACCAUGCUCUUGCUCGUUUAAUAACUGCCUAUGCUGAACAUGGCCACAAAGCAGCCAAAAUAAACCCACUGUUUGCUGGCCGAGCUGUUAUGAACAUGGUACCUGAAAUCCAAGAGCUGGCUGAAGUUCUUCAGGGUCCUCUCGUUACUACAGGACUUAUAAACAUGGGAAAAGAGGAGGCUUCUGUAGAGGAUGUGAUGGCUUACCUUGACCAUAUAUACUGCGGGCAUAUUUCCAUAGAAACAAGCCAGCUUCCAACUUUGGAGGAGAGAGAAUGGUUUGCUAAAAGGUUUGAAGAGCUAAAGCAAGAAGCAUUUACACCUGAAGAGAAAAAGCACUUGUGCAAACUGAUGCUGGAGUCCCAGGUACUUUGUUCUCUGUUACUGGAUUGUAAUAGUCCUGAAGUCUGUCAUGCAUCCUUUACUAUUCUGGACACGAUUCAUGCAGAAAAAGAACAAUCACUCAUCAUUGCAAUUUCAGGGGUAGGAGAGAGUUUUUCUUUCAAUGUAUCAGUGAAUCAGAAAAGGUUUUUAACCAAAUCUGUUUCCCUGCAGCUCAUGUUCCGCAAGAUGCGUGGUUUGAGUGAGUUUCCAGAGAAUUCAGCAGCCAUUGGGGACGUUCUCUCCCACCUGACAUCUUCUGUAGAUCUGGACUUCGGUUCCCACAGACCCGUGCAUGUCACCUUGCUCCCCAACCCCUCACACUUAGAAGCCAUCAACCCAGUGGCUGUGGGCAAGACACGAGCCAGGCAACAGACUCUGCUCGAUGGCGAUUACUCCCCAGAGAGUUCUGCACAGCCUGGGGACAAAGUUAUUUGCCUGCAGGUUCAUGGUGAUGCUGCUUUCUCUGGGCAAGGGAUUGUUCCUGAAACAUUGACCCUCUCUAAUCUACCGCAUUUCAGAGUUGGUGGGAGCAUCCAUUUGAUUGUUAAUAACCAGCUGGGCUAUACCACUCCUCCAGAGAGAGGAAGGUCAUCUCUGUACUGCAGUGACAUUGGUAAAAUCGUUGGAUGUGCAGUUAUCCAUGUGAACGGGGAUGAUCCUGAGGAAGUUGUCCGUGCCACACGACUGGCUGUGGAGUACCAGCGCCAGUUCCGCAGGGACGUCAUUGUGGACUUGCUGUGCUACAGGCAGUGGGGCCACAAUGAGCUUGAUGAGCCCUUCUUCACCAACCCCAGCAUGUACAAAAUCAUCAGAUCCCGUAAGAGUAUCCCGGACACGUACGCAGAACACCUCACGGCUGCUGGGCUCAUGACUGAGGCUGAAGUGUCUGAGAUAAAGACCACGUGCUAUUCCAAGCUGAAUGAUCACCUUGCCAACAUGACUUCAUACAGCCCACCCCCUACCAACCUGCAGGCUCACUGGAAAGGCUUCGUGGAGCCUUCUGCCACAAUCAGCACCUGGGACACUGGCAUGCCUGUGCCUCUGCUGCAGUUCAUUGGAGCCAAGUCUGUGGAGGUGCCCCAAGAGCUCCAGAUGCACAGCCAUCUCAUGAAGACCUAUGCUCAGUCAAGAAUUCAAAAAAUGGAGGAAGGAAAAAAACUGGACUGGGCAACAGCUGAAACUUUAGCAUUUGGUUCUCUGCUGAGCCAAGGGUUUAAUAUCAGACUAAGUGGACAAGAUGUUGGCAGAGGAACCUUCAGCCAACGACACGCGAUGUUGGUUUGCCAAGAGACAGAUGAUACCUACAUUCCUCUGAAUCACAUGUCCCCAGACCAGAAGGGUUUCCUAGAGGUGAGUAACAGUCCCUUGUCUGAAGAAGCUGUGCUUGGUUUUGAAUAUGGAAUGAGUAUUGAGAGCCCUAAGUUACUGCCAAUUUGGGAAGCUCAGUUUGGAGACUUCUUUAAUGGAGCCCAGAUAAUAUUUGACACUUUCAUCUCUGGAGGUGAGGCUAAAUGGCUUCUGCAGAGUGGGAUAGUAAUUCUUCUUCCCCAUGGCUAUGAUGGUGCAGGCCCUGAGCACUCGUCCUGCCGGAUGGAACGGUUCCUACAGAUGUGUGACAGCUCAGAAGAGGGUGUUGAUGGUGACCAGGUCAACAUGUCAGUUGUGCAUCCCACCACCCCUGCACAGUAUUUCCAUUUACUCCGGAGGCAAAUGGUCCGAAACUUCAGGAAACCUCUCAUUGUUGCUUCUCCCAAAGUGUUACUCAGGCUUCCAGCUGCUGUAUCAAGUUUUGAAGAAAUGGCCCCAGGGACAACAUUCAAGCCUGUCAUUGGUGACUCCUCAGUAAAUCCUAAAAGUGUCACCCAAGUGGUGCUGUGUUCUGGAAAGCAUUACUAUGCUCUAGUGAAGCAAAGAGAAACACUGGGAACUGAGAAACACAGCACAGCUAUUCUGAGACUUGAAGAGCUCUGUCCUUUCCCCCUGGAAGCUCUACAGCAAGAGCUGAGCAACUACAGCCAUGCAAAAGUCUUCAUCUGGAGUCAGGAAGAACCACAGAACAUGGGUCCAUGGUCCUUUGUGUCUCCACGGUUUGAAAAGCAGCUGGGGCUUAAGCUCCGUCUUGUGAGCAGACCUCCUCUACCAGCCCCAGCAGUCGGCAUUGGAACCCUCCACAACAAGCAGCAGGAAGAUGUUCUGACCCACACAUUUAUCUAAGUUUUCAAUGGAUGGACUGCUCCUGAUGUCAGUCAUGUUCAGUGCCUCCUCCUGUGAAGAACAAAAGCCAGAUCCUGAAGACUCUUAGUUCUCCAAAAUGGAAAAAAAAAAUAAAUGGUGGAAUAAGUUUGGUAAUGAUGAAGCAAUUUUUUCAUGUUGGGGAAUGCCUAACAAUGAGAAGUGCCUGUUACUCCUGAUACUUCUUUUUCUCUUAUACAGUUUUCUACAAAAUGUCUUUAUAAAGUUAAAAAUCCAGUCCAGGGGACAGAUUGGUGAGGUGUCUGUGGAACACCUUAUCUUGCUGCUUAUUUGCACUUGACAGUUUCCUGGGAUGGUGCAUGUGUGGAAACAGGUUCUGUUUCUUCUCUUCCUACAGAAGUGUUAGUACUGCUUGAUCAAAUAAAUGCUUCCCCAUGCCUGGGAAUGAGCCAUUUCUAUAGCA